GACAUCACUGUAGAGAAGGGCGGCUUCACCGUGAAGUUCGGCGGAGGGCUGUGUGUGCUGGUUGGGCAGGAAGUUCCGACACAGUUUUUCAAUGUUUGCAGUUUCUUCCCGAAGACGCAGAAGAAAAAGGUCGAGGAGGAUAUGCAAGAGAAAUCCGAUGUCAAAGAGGUCAUCCGAGAGUCGCUGGUGAUGCAGCUCUCGCGUUACGAACUCGAACGUGCAAAAGGGAAAGGCAAAGCCACAGCUGGGAAGGCCAGAUCGGCUAUCAAAGAAGGAAAAAGCUGUCGCAUCAUGUACCACUUUGCAGACGACUUGCCGUUCUACACCGUUCCUGGUCUGGAAGCACGCGCUCUGCGGUUGUUGGGGCACAAAGACUUCAAGGACUUGAAGAAUGGCAAGCACUUCACUGGCGAUGACUUCAGCGAUGAGGAAAGCACGGAGGAGGUGUUCGCGGUGUUGUUUACCCAAGCAGUUUACGACUACAACAGUGACAAUAACAUCACGGCUAUCGCUGAGCUGGACGAGGUGUUCUGUCAAAGCGCUAUAGAGAGCGCCCAAAAUGACCAUGCUAUGGUGGUUCAGUCCAUGAUAGAUAACAAGACCGCGCACUUGACAAAGAUCAAAGCGCUCUUCAGCGAGAUCGGUGCAGAAGAGAGUGGCGUGCUCACCAUUGGUGUCUUCGAAGAGAAGAUCAAAACUCCAGCGGUGCGCCAGUAUUUCGAAGCAUUGGGCUUGGACGUCUGGGAUGCGUGGCCUGGCCGCAGAAG